CCCUCGACAUGCGUUGCCGCCCGCUGCGCCCGCCGCCCGCUUGCCGAAUCAGUUUUGCAUCCCAGUAUUGUAGUGGCCUCUGGCCCCCUAACAGCCGUGGCGCAUGGUUAGAGUAACACUAGCGUUAGCCGCUUGUCGUCCGCUGCAUCUCGUCUGGUUUGUGUUCCUGUGCCAGCCGCGCCCUCCAACGCCAUCCCCGGAGCCCCCUCCAAAGCAGGUACUCCCCGGCCGGCCUCUGCCCCGGGCCUCCCGCGCUCCGCCCAGCAGGUCGAGGACGCCGCGUCCGCGCCGGCGCCCGGGGACGACCAGGAUGCCGACGACGACCUGGACGACCUGACGCAGAUCAACUGCACCGUCACGAUAUUCACCGGCGAGAAGCAGGGGCCGGCGCGCGUCAUCGGCGUGCUGUCCGAGUGGAUAAACACGUACAGCUUCAUGCGGCAGAACCAGGAGAAGCUGUACCUGUACCUGACGCUGUCCGUGUCGGGCGGGCUGCUGCUGUUCCUCGUGCUGGUGGUGGGCCGCCUGCUUGUGCAGCGCCACCGCUCCCGCUCCGAGGCCAAGUUCCGCGCCGCUAACGCCGCCCCGGACCGCCUCCCCAACGGCUUCGCGGACGACAUCAGCGAGAUCGACGCCGACAUCGACCUGACGACGCCCGUGGCGGUGCCCGUCGUGGCCGUGCACUCGCCGCCGCGGCACGAGCCCGCCGAGGUCGUGAGAUACGGCGGCACGCUGCGGCGCGGCGCGGGCGGCGUCCUCGGGGGCGGGCUCCCCGCCGACCUGCUGGAGGCACCCCGCAGCCUAAACCGCGGUGGCGGCCCCAACCAGCAGUACUACUACGGGUGACCCGAG